GGCGGUACCAGGUACGGAGACAAUACCGCUGCCGAAAUUUUUCCAUUGCCGUUGCGGUCUCAAACCUCCGUCUGUUUCCAUCGCCAUCCAACCUUUCUUGAUCUCUCCCGGACCGCCAGAAACGCAACUGUUGCCUGCCUUGCGUGUAUCUUACCGCGAUCGCAGACUUUGUUUUUGUCGCGUCUCCUUACCUUUGUAUUCUUUGUCUGUUUUCUUGGCUCUGAAGUACCACCGUUCAAUCCACAUUUAGCUAACAUGGCCCACCGUCUCGUUUCUCAAGUCGUUGUUACGGGUGCCCGAGUCUUCGGUCGAGCCUUCGCCGAGGCUUACAAGCAGGCUUCCGCUACCGGCAAGUAUCAGGCAGUCAAGGGCAAGGGUGGAAGCAGCUUCUCUUCGUCCGGUUUGACCCUCGAUGAGGCUUGCAAAAUUCUUAACGUGAAGCCUCCCCAGGGUGGUGAGACCAACUUGGAACAUGUGAUGGAACGAUUCAAGAAGCUGUUCGAUUUGAACGACCCACAAAAGGGAGGCAGUUUCUACCUUCAGAGCAAAAUCCUUCGCGCACGGGAAAGGAUAGAGAUGGAACUCCGCCAGGCGGAACAGAAAGCUGCCCAAGAGAAGGAAUUACGUGAGGGCUGGAAGCCCAAGGUUUACAAGGAUUAAGGAUUGACCGGUGACUCCUUGGCGCUGGAGUCUAGAGAUGGAAUACUUCGGGACUGCUUCCAGGGACGCCUUUCAAAUCUCGGGUCGAUCAAAACGAACGCCCUCCACGGUUGAGGCGACCGCAUCGAGCAUAUACGAGAGACCGAAAGAAACCUAUAAACUCCAUCGACUUAUUACAUAUUCCCUCUCGGUUUUUGCAGCAUAGCAUGGCGUUUUGGUAAUUCCAACAUCCGGGUUGGAGAGAGUUCUAGAUUUGUUUUCUAAUUCCCCCAUUCUUUAUACUCCGGGUCAGGUAGCGGUGGAAGACAUUGGUGUCGGAAUCGGAGGUGAAUCAUUCUGCGUGCCACGAAGCCGACCCUGUCAUUCGAUGCAUCCCCGCUUAUCUCAUUCGGAUUAUAUGAUUUUGUGUAUAGUAUUUGUCGGAAGGCCUGGAGCUACAGAUGGAUCGGAUUAUGUCGAGGAUAUUUGCGGGAUCGGACUACCACCUUCUGUGCUCGCCACGUCUAUCCAUCUUGCUUUGAUCCUCCAUGUGCUCCCUUUGAUUAUGACCUCUACUCCACUCUUGUGUUCUAGACACAGCGUUGUUCAUGUACUAUAAGGACCCAUUCUGUGCCCUCAGUCUAGGUGCGAUGAUUAAAGUGUGUAUAAAUGUAACCGCCAUCUAUUGACA